CUUUGAAUUCAAAAUUUUUAUUGAGUCCAUAACCACAGAAGCAAGCAAUGUCUCUAAGACUAAUCCUAUCUCUCUCGAUCUUGUUGAUUCUAGUAGCGGCCGCGACAACGACUGAGGAAGAAGAUAUUGUUGACUUCUUGAAACGGUAUGUGGAUCCGCUUGAAGUCCCCAAACUGCUUGAGUCCGGCGUGACUGAGCGUUACAAGAACAUUCUCCAGCUAGCUAGAUUCAUCAACGAGGAGUCAGGCUUACCAUACAAAGCAGCUCCUAAUAAAUUUGUUCUGUACACUGGAGAAGAGGUUUAUGCAAUGCUCCGGGAUCCUCAAAAAUGCUCUACGAGUACCACUUUGACAGUCAACCAGAAUCUCACUGAAGCUGCGGUCCCAGAAACAAAAGACUGGAGAGAAGAUGGUAUUGUUAGCCCUGUCCAAGACCAGGGACGCUGUGCAUCUGGCUGGGCAUUUAGCGCGACUGGAGCUCUUGAGGCAGCUUACCAUCAAGCAUUCGGCGAAGGGAUAUCACUUUCCGGACAACAGCUUUUGGAUUGUGAUAGAGCUUUCGGUAACGCUGGUUGCAAGGGUGGACUUCCAUCUCAAGCCUUUGCAUACGUCAAACACAAUGGUGGGAUCGCAACAAAAGACAACUACGCUUCCGUAGCUGAAGAGCGUGCAUGCAAGUUUCGACCUGAAGACCUUAGUGUUAAUGUCCUCGACUCUGUUACUGCGGGUUCAGAGGAUGAACUGAAGCAUGCAGUUGGAUUGGUGAGGCCAGUGACUGUAACGUUUGCCGUUCCUCAUGAUUUCUUGUACUACAAGGAAGGAGUUUUUACUGACAGCUCGUGUGACCUAUUUACAAAUAGAACAGGCCAUGCUGGAUUAGUAGUUGGCUAUGGAGUUGAAAAUAGCAUCCCGUACUGGCUUGUAAAGAACUCAUGGGGAAGUGAUUGGGGAGAAAAUGGAUACUUCAAGAUAGAAAGGGGCAAAAAUAUGUGUGGUAAGUUCUUUUUUGACCAGCUUCAGUUUUGGUCUUAUCUAAUUAUUUACUAUUGGUUUGGUUUGGACUUAUCCCAUUGAGUUUCCCUUUUGUUUUUUUUUUCUGUCAGGUAUUGAAUCAUGUGCAUCCUACCCGCUUGUGGCUUGAGCGGCUUAACUAUGGGACGAAUGGUUUUACGAUUAUUUGAAUAAAUUUCUGAAACUAUAAUGUAUGAAAAUAACAUUUCAGUUCACGUCUGCUCUUCCAUGUUCGAGCAAGGCAUGCUAAUAAAGUGUGAUGUUAUAAUUCAAUAUCGCGAUGUUGUUAUAAAAUAGUGUUAAAUCUAUUAAUUAUCAGCCGUGUAUGUGCAUGACUGCACGCAUGCAUAAUCAUCUUAUUAAUAUAUUUUGUCAUCAAUCAUCUUAUAAAUAUUUAUUAAUACAUUAUCAAUUCAAAUACAUCAUGCUCGAAAAUUUAAACUCCAACAUCAAAUUAUUUAUAUAUUUAUGAAUUCUUUUUGCAAAAUAAAUCUAGUAAACAUUUAUCUAAUAUAAUAAAUAAAUCUUAAAAUCACUGAAUAUUUUCUUUUUGAUUAUAUAAAUAUGAUUUUUACUUGAUUAGUAUUCAAUUAUGCAUCUUUUUAUUUCUUAAUUUUAACUUUUUAUAAUUAGAAAACGAAAACAUUAUUUUCAGGUAAUAUCACAACAUAUCUAUAAACAAUCUUUUAACCAUAUAAUAUAUUAGUUAGGUACUAUGACAAAACAUAUUUGAAUGGGGACUGAGGAAGAACACCGUGUGUCGGACCGAUGACCAUUUUAGAAAUAAGAAGAACAAUAAAAAAUGAACGUAGACAAAUAAAAUUACAGCAAUAAAAAUGAA